AUGGGCUGCCUCGUUGCAAUACUACUCAUCGCGCGCGCGCUAGCCGCGCGGCAUGCGACGCCACCCGCGCAGCACAAGACGUGGGCGAGCAUCGCGGUGCUCGCGGCGCGGCGCGCGCGCGACGGCAGCGGCGACGCCGAGGUGCUCGUGGCCAUGGCGACGCGGGGCCAGCGCAACUUCUCGCCCGGCGGCAACGUGAGCUUCCACUGCAGCGACGACGGCGGCCGCGGCUGGGUCGCCGCGUCGCCCCAGGGCGACCUGCGCGGCGAGCAGUUCAACACGGCGCACCUCGUGCUGCGGUGCCCCGCGUCGGGAUACGCGUCCGCCGGCCGACGAGGGGACCUCCGCGUGCGCUGCCGGCGGUCGCCGGCGCGGCCGCCGGCCCGGGGCGCGCCCCUGGACGACGACGUCGCCGACUUUGUGCUCGACGCGCCGACGGCGCCGCCGGUCGCGUCGCGGCUCACGAGCUGCCUCGAGCCCGUCUACCGGCCGCGGCGCGACGCCGUCGACCGCUUCCUGCGCUACUACCGCGCCGUGGGCGUGGAGCGGUUCGUCGUCUGGGACGGCGAGCGCGCGCUCGAGGCCCACCUCGGGGACGCGCGGGACGUGGCCUACCACGGGUGGACCUUCGCGGACGUGCUCCGGAACUCGAGGGCGCGGACGGCCAAGGGCGGCCCCGUGGGCCAGCACCUCGCCAUGGCCUACUGCGCCUUCGCCUACGGCGGCGACGCCCGCAUGCUCCUGAGCGUGGACCUCGACGAGCUCGUCACCUGCGCGGAUCUGGGGACCUCGCGGGACCUCGCGGCGGCGCUCGACGGCGCGUCGGCCGCCGCGGGCGACGGCAACCCCUGCGCGUGCCUGCUGCGCUGGCUCUACGACGGGCCCCUCGGCGGGCCCGAGCUGCCCGGGACCGUCGUCGCGCGCCAGAUGAACCGCAAGUGCGUCGUCGCGCCGGGCCAACUCGAGGACGCGAACUUCCACCGGCCGGCGUGCCGCGGGCGGCGCGGCGUCUUCCAGGUCGACGGCGGCGCCUGCUGGAUCAACCACUACCGCGACGAGGCCCUCAGCGGCAAGCGGCCCCAGGACGCGAUCCCCCUCCCGGGCGGCCCCGAGGCGCGCGCGGACCUCGCCUGGGCCGCUUCAUUAUUAACUUCAUCGUAG